CUGACCUCAUCCGCCUACUUUCGCAUUUCCGGUUUGUUUUACCUUCAGCUAAGCUACACGGCUAGCUUGUUGCCUUUUGAUGAUGAUGGCAGAACAAAAACCGGUCAACAUUAGCUCCAUACCCAUCGACGGAUUCAGCAAUUUAAGAAUAACGUCGAUAUGGACGUUUCUAAUGUCUGUGAAGUGGUCGGAGCCAUGGCUAAUUGGGCUCGUAGUGUUUCAUGUGGCGUGUCUGUGCCUGACUGUGGUGACCUGCAGGUUUUACAGAGCUCAGAUCUGCCACUUCCUGAUCAUCGUUGGCCUGGUGUAUAGCGCUGAAUACCUAAAUGAGCUGGCAGCGAUGAACUGGAGGUCUUUUUCUGAUUUCCAGUACUUUGACUCUAAGGGCAUGUUCAUAUCGCUGGUUUACUCAAUACCCCUCCUGCUCAAUGCAGUCAUCAUUGUGAUGGUGUGGGUUUACAGGACCUUUUCCACCAUGACUGAACUCAAGACGCUUCAGCUGAAGAGAAGGGCCCGUCGAGAGAAGAGGGAGAAAAACGACUGAUCCCUUUCCCUAUGUCCGUACAUGGCCUUCACUGGGAGAAUUCACAAUCGCUCCCUGGCUAAUCCUGAAUUUUGGAAAAGGAAAAGAGCUUCUUUCUUGUGACUCAAAAAGGACUCCUCUUUCAUGAUGAAAGUUUUUUUUCUUCUUCUUCUAUUUUUUUUUUUUUUAGCUGUGAAAAGAUUUAUGUAGACCAAAGGACAAUAUUAUUUUCUAUUUAUAUUGUUUCAAAAUAUGGUCAAAGGAAAAAUAAAGAGCAUUUUUCUAAAGGUGA